AUUAUUAUCUGGCGUGCUCACAGCAUCACACAGGUGUGGAGAGAAAUAAACUGUCAAGAAGAGAGGACAGCAGCCAAACGAACACCUUACAACAAAAUCAUGUAUCCUACAUGGACACUGAAAGAGAGCUUUGAACAAUUCAUGAUGAGUUAUGCUGAAAAGCCGGAGGAGAUAACGAGAGAGGAGUGGAUGGAAAAGCUCAACAAUGUCCACAUUCAGAGAGCCGACAUGAACAGGCUCAUCAUGAACUACUUGGUGACAGAGGGGUUUAAGGAGGCAGCUGAGAAGUUCCGUAUGGAGUCUGGAAUUGAGCCCAGUGUGGACCUGGAUUCUCUGGAUGAGAGGAUAAAGAUCCGGGAGAUGAUCCUGAAGGGACAGAUACAGGAAGCCAUUGCACUCAUCAACAGCCUGCACCCAGAACUGCUCGACACAAACCGCUACCUGUACUUUCACCUACAGCAGCAGCACCUGAUUGAGCUGAUCCGUCUGAGGGAGACUGAGGCAGCACUAGAGUUUGCUCAGUCCCAGCUGGCCGAGCAGGGGGAGGAGAGCAGAGAGUGUCUGACAGAGAUGGAGAGAACCCUGGCCCUGCUGGCCUUCGACAACCCUGAGGAGUCGCCCUUCGGAGACCUCCUCAACACGAUGCAGAGGCAGAAAGUAUGGAGUGAAGUGAACCAGUCUGUGCUGGACUACGAGAACAGAGAGUCAACGCCCAAACUGGCCAAGCUCCUCAAACUGCUCCUGUGGGCUCAGAAUGAACUUGACCAAAAGAAAGUCAAGUACCCCAAAAUGACAGACCUCAGCAAGGGCACGAUCGAGGACCCAAAGUGACCGCACACCAGGCUAUGUGUGCCGUGGGAAACUAAAUGGACUCACCUACUCCCCUCCUAUCUAUUUAUGCUCCGACACAGACUGACUCAUCCUACUUUUUUCUUUUUUUGUGUGGGUUGCUUUUUGGGAGACUUUGAUAACAUGGACUGUGCAAACUGGAUGGUUUGUAUUUUUAAAGUGACUUUCUGACUGAAACUUCAACAUCUGAAAUAUAAACCCUUGUAUUUUAAUGAAGUAAAAUUAGACUUUUGUUUCAUGUCUCCGAUAGAUGGUUACAUAUUUCCCAGUUUCACUAUUUUUUUUCUGUCUACUGGCAGGGAAAGUUAGCAAUCUUUGCAUAUGGAGGUGUGUGUUUAAAGCCUAAAUUAGGCUCUCGGGACUAUGUGUCAACCUAGAAGAGGAAUGAAGGUGUGAUGUUUGGGUAGAACGAUUGGUUCCCAUUGCUGUGGUCCACUGUCAACAUUGUUUUAUUUUUCUGAACAAAAACAUGCACAUUUGAGUUUAAUGCUAUAGGAUAGGGGCCAAAGCUUCUGGGUACUGAUGGUGAAUGCUUCAAAGCUGCCAAUGCCCUGUAUCUUUGUCAGAGUUUUAUUGCAACUUUAGUUUUCAUCCUGUGUUAUCUUGAACAAACAAGACAAUAAUGUGAAUACAUACAGAGACAUCCACUCAGUUCACGGUGGCUGUUUUGCAACCGGAUUAUUUACAUGUAUGGAAUAAAAUACUCUUUUGGAACACUUGA